AUGUUGGCGAUUUCCCAGCGCCUCGGCGCCUCCUCUUCUCAAACUCUCAACGCAAAUUGGAUACCAUGGCAAUGUAGGGCUGUAUCCAACUCACCAUAUGGCCGCACGCACGUCUGGAAACGUCGGCCACCAGUGUUACCUAACCCAAUGGUGCCCAAGUUUCCACAGAAAGUCAUUCGGUCUGACGGGACAUCAUUUACGCACUGGACGACGUCACCAAGAUCUUUAGUUCGUUUGACACGCGAUACGACGAACAAUCCCAUCUAUAACACGGGGAGAGAUGGUGACAGGUCAGUGGAGGAGGAGACCGGGUCAACUGGCAGGUUGGGGCGGUUCAACAGGAAGUUUGAGGAGUUUGGUGCGGACUUGGAGGAUGUAACAUGGAUGGAUGACUUGAAACGGGAUAGCAUGCAGGUGCCGCCAGCGGAGGCCAAAUCGAAAGAGACCAAAGCAAAGAAAUAGCCGACGUCGGGAGGUCUACAUCACGGCUGAUGACACGGGGCCAUAUUGCAGAUGCACGAAAUGGGGCACUUCUGUCCUGCAUCACUUGUCAUCAGUACCGUUGCAUAAAUCACCUGGCACGUC